AUGUCACCGAUACUCGAGCAGCGAGGGCUCUACUCGGCAGAACCCCCAGGAAUCCGCACGAGGCUCGACGACAAUCCGACACUCUUGGUCAGUUGGUGGGCGACGGGGGUAUCGCUCGCCAUCAUUCUUACUCGUGUGAGCGGUCGCUAUGUUCGCAUCGAGCGCCUUUUCCGUGAAGACAAGAUUAUGAUGGCAAGCAUCAUUCCCUUACUAACUCGGAUGGCGCUGGUGCAUGUCGUGUUGAUAUGGGGAACAAACAAUACAACAUUAGAGGGUUUGAGCGAAGAAGAUAUUCGACAUCGGGAGAUCGGGAGCAAAUUAGUGCUCGUUUCGCGUAUCUGCUAUGCGAUGUUUAUUUGGGCAGGCAAACUCACUGUUUGCGAAUUUCUCAAUCGAAUCGCCGGAAUGACAUGGCGACGAUCGGUCCGAAUAUUCCUCAUCUUCAUAUACUAUUUCCUAGCGUCGACCUUCAUUGCAGUCGUGAUUGCGACGCUUGCCGAAUGCCAACCUUUUACCCACCACUGGCAGGUCAUCCCAGACCCUGGUCCAAAGUGCCGCUCCGGUGUUGCCAAUCUGAUCACCAUGGGCGCAUGUGACAUCAUCACGGAUCUAAUCCUCGUCGCAUUUCCAAUCCCCCUGAUUAUGAUGACGAACAUGUCUGCGAGACGUAAAUUCGCUCUCGUUACUUUGUUUGCCCUGUCUCUGAUCCUCGUCGGUAUCACCGGAUACCGGAUACCGGCAGUAAUCGACCACAAGGGCUCCCAGCAGUAUCGCUCGCUUCUUGCAUCCUUGGAGAUAUUGGCGGCAACUGCAGUUUCAAACGCGGUCGUCAUCAGCUCGUUUGUCAGGGACAAAGGCGUCAAGAAGGUCAAGUACAAGAAAACAAUUGGUUCGGCCUCGGUCAAUGAGAGCCUCGAUCACAGCUCCAGCCGCCGUGCAACCAUCACCCACCACCAAUGGGGCAGUGAUUCGGACCUUGCCCGCGAUUUAGGAAUCCGACUUGACCCUGAGCUGGUCUCCCGGGAGCCCUCAGAACCCCGUCCAGCGCCAAUGGCUACCGGGGGGCUUGAUCCAAACUGGUCCUUCAACCGCACGACAUCGGGCUUCGACGACGACGAAACGUCUACGAGCAAUAGCCUUGAUAUCAAAGUCAGUCCGCACGACUACAUUCGCUCCCCACACAACAACCGUAGACCAUCUGAUGACUCCCUCACCUCACCCGACCAAGUCCCCAUCUUCGACGUUGGUGGCCUCCUCGCCCAACCCACUCCUCCGUCCACGAGCCAUCGUUUCCCUAACCACACCUCUCAUCCUCCAAAUCUAAACCCCCACCGCGUUAGCGAUGGAAGCGGGCCUGUUCUUCAGGACGUUGGCGGACUCCUCUCGCCCCUCGAAGAGGUUCCCGACUUAUCAGAUUCACACUCAAACCCAUACUCAGCGCCUCAACACCACCCUCAAACCUCCCUCAACAUUCCCCGUCCCGGCGGCCUCCGACGCACUUCGCAACAAGGCCGACGACGCUCGAGUGUGCAUUUCAGCGAUGCUCCCGACUCGCCCGUCUCGUCGUCACGUACUCAGUCUGGCGUGUCAGCCACGAUUUUUGAAAACGCCGAUGAGUUUGAGCUGCAAGAUGUGGGCGGGUUGCUCUCGAGGAAUACGUGA